AUGUACUGCGAAACUGCUUCAGAAUUUGGUGUUGGUCUCUUGGACUCGAUUCAUCGGUUUCUUUUGGAAGAUGAUGAUUUUGAAACCCAAUAUCCACUUACACUUCCAUCGGAUCUGAUGGAUUGUUCCAAAGCUGAUGCAAUCUCUAUUGAUGUUGAUCGAUGGGUGACUUUUGAUCAGUUAUUUGAUGCAGCGGAGGCUGCCGCUGCUGAUGUUUCAUUUUCUAGCUCCGAAAUGACUUCUGGGGUGGCGACUGAAAAUUUCAGUAAACCUCACGCGCCGCCGAAGAAGGUGCAUUAUAAGGGUGUGAGGAGAAGGCCGUGGGGGACAUACGCGGCGGAGAUUAGGGAUCCCAAACGGAGUGGUUCGAGAAUCUGGCUCGGUACGUACGAGACGCCCGAAGAUGCUGCACUGGCUUACGAUAAAGCGGCUUUUCAAAUGCGCGGCUCAAAAGCCAAGCUGAAUUUUCCCCACCUUGUUGGCUCGGAUCAGGUGGAGCCGGUGAGAGUGGCCAAUAACAAGCGGCGGUCACCGGGGCCUUGUUCAUCUUGGUCAUCGGCACAGUCGCCUUCCUCUUCGUCAUUCAUGUCGGAUGAUAGAACUCCCAAAUUGAAACGGAGGAUGAUCGAUAGUAACUUGUAAAGAUUCU